UUUGUAGAACUUUCUGGAUCCCUAAAGCAUAAUCUAACUCUCAAUCUCUCACGCCAACAAGCUCUCAAGUCUCAACGCCUCAGUGGCUCAGUGCCUCACCCAGUAACCCCUUUCCCCUCCGGCGCUCCGGCGCUCCGGCGAACGGCAUCUCUGUGCAUAUCAACACCUCUCGAUAGAUUAGCGUCUGAGCAAGCCAAGGGUAUUGGGUUUCUGUAGUUUACCUCAGAUGCGAUGGCGCCUCACUUAAUUCUCCGACCAUUGCGAGGAACAGCCCAGAGGCUUCUACAACAACUUAGUUCGGGCCGUUUGGCAAUCUCAACACCCACCAGAAAUUACAUAUCGGAAAUGCGAAAGGAUGCUUUUGAUGGCAACAUGCUCAGACUACUACGAAAUGAGGUUGAAUAUGAAAUCGACCGCUCCCCUAUCUCUAAGUCUGUCCCUGAAUUUGAAUCAUUUAUGAUUGAUAAAAGGGCAGGAGAGCAAUGGAUUAGACUGAAUAAGAAAUUUGGAGAGAAAGAAGAGAUCAAAGUUGAUGUAACCAUGUUCGAUCGAUCCGUUCCUGUAAAAAAGAAGGGCGGUUCUUCCAAAGAAGAUGAAGUGUAUCUUCAUCUUACAAUGAUUGUUGAUAUCGUUAAGGGAGAAGGCAAUGAUAUGCUGGAGUUUGUUUGCACAGCAUGGCCAGACAGCAUUGAGAUUCACAAAGUUAUAAUGCGUGGGCAUGGUCCAAUUGCAGCUCAGCAUUAUACAGGGCCUCGUUUUAAGGAACUGGAUGACAAACUGCAGGAUGAGCUUUAUGAUUUCCUAGAGACUCGGGGAAUCGACGAUGACCUUGCUGUAUUCUUACACGAAUACAUGAGGAACAAAGAUAAAAUUGAAUACGUUCGUUGGAUAGCAAAGACCAUUUCUAUCUUAGAGAGGAAAUAAGGGAAGUGUUCAUAGUGCAUUUUAGUUAGUGUUUUUGCCUCUCCACACCCUUAUUUUCACUGUGGAACAGUACACAUGGCACUAGGAAACAUGAUAACAGAUUAGAUGACAGAAACUGAACUAAGGUAUACAUCCUUUCGGAUUUAUUACAUAUUUCAAGAUGAAGGCUUGGUGUUGUGGUGUAUAAGAGCAAGGUAGAUCAGUAAUUUGAAGAAGAGGAGAAAACAAUGUUGCUCAGCAUUUAUUCAUAUUGAAAAUCGAUUUCUUGUGCUUUGGGAAUUUUCAUCUAGAUUCUUGCAUUUUCCUGGUCUCUAAGGCGGGCAUACAUAGUUGAGAGAGAGAAAGAUGUUGGCUUAGGUGUUAGCUGUUUCUCUUGUUGAUUGUGUGACCUAUGGUUUUUAAUGUUUGAAGCUCUGGCUUUUCGGUUUACAGGCGCAUUUUGUUUGAUCAUAGCAAGACUUUGUAUGUUGGGAAUUGGGAUAGAUUCAUAGAUCGAUCUACUGUUGUUUAUGUUAGCUGCUAUAUCUAUUCAAAUUAAAAAUUAAACAUUAAUUGUGUAGUAUGGUGGUUAAAGUUGUUAUCUUUAUUAU